AUGGAUCACAAAGAUAGAGAAACCAGCUCAGAUUUUGUCGAGAAUGUCGAUUCGCACGGAAAAACCACCCAUAUUCCACUAUGGGAGUCGAUCAGGAAAUUCCCCCGAAUCGUGGGUUACUGUGUCGCCCUGAGCUCCGCAAUUCUCCUCUACGGAUAUGACCUAGUCAUUGUGGGAACAGUGGCUGCCAUGCCUCAAUUCCAACUCGUUUUCGGUCAGGAACUCAAUGGAAAAUACAUCAUUCCUUCUAUGUGGCUUUCCCUCUGGAACGUAUCCAGUUGCAUCGGCCUGAUGAUCGGCUCCAUCCUCGGUGGAUACUAUCAAGAUCGAGGCGGGCGCCGCCUGACACUAGCUAUAGGCAGUUUCCUAUCCACAAUUGCGGUCGCGAUCUGCUACAUCUCCGAUCUGCCGGACGGAAUGGAAACCCGUCGAGGCGUGUUCUUCGCGGGUAAGCUGUUUCAGGGUAUCUGUAUCGGCAUUCUGCUGUGUGUGACACAGACGUACAUGUCCGAGGUCUUGCCUGUUGUUCUUCGGGGACCGAUUAUCGCCUUCUAUCCAAUUUUCACACUGCUUGGGCAGCUUGUUGGGUCGAUUGUGGUAUUCACAUCGCUUAAGCACGAGGGUGCACAAUCAUAUCGGAUUUGCUUUGCCUCGCAGUGGCCAUUCUCGGUUCUUCCGUUUGUCCUGGCGGCGUUUUUGCCGGAGAGUCCGACAUGGCUGUUGAGGAAAGGGCGAGCGGACACGGCUCUUAAAGAGCAGAAGAAGCUUGAUACGAAAGAUGUCGACCCACAAGUUGUUAUUGACGAGUUACAGGCUUCUAUUUUAGCGGAAGAUGAGGAGAGAGCGAGUCAUACGUAUGCUGAUUGUUUCAAGGGAGUCAAUACGCGGAGAACGUUGAUUGUGGCUUUUGCAAAUAUUAUCCCGCAGAUGUUUGGGCUGCAGCUGCUGUCGAAUGCUUCGUAUUUCAUGCAGGUAGUUGGCAUGGGCUCGUCUAACAGUUUGAUUUUCUUGAUUCUGGGAAUUGGACUUGGCUUGAUCGCAAAUGUUGUCAGUCUGUGGGCGUUGAAUGCUUUCGGCAGGAGGUUCCUGAUUUUGCUUACGCUGGGUAUUGUGAUGGUGCUGUGGUUUGCCAUGGGAAUCGCCGGAAUCUUCACAGGAACUGUCACAAUUUGGUAUACCGCGGUUACCAUGAUGGUUAUCGUCAUGGUCUCAGGCUUAGGAUCCUGGCCUGCAUCGCAUGUCGUUGCUGCCGAGGCCUCAUCGCUGCAACUCCGUGCAAAGAGCCAAGGUAUUGGAUGGUUCACCAGCGGCAUUGGCACCGCGGUGUUCGCCGUCAUUCUGCCUUAUAUCUAUAACUCUGAUGAGGGAAACCUGAGGGCGAAGACUGGGUUCGUGAUGGCAGGAUUCGCUGCUGUUGCCUUCGGUCUCGUUUGGCUGUCUAUCCCAGAGAUGAAGGGUCGAACAGCAAUGGAGAUUGACCGCAUGUUUGCCUUGAAGUUGCGCACUCGUGCUUUCAAAGGUUGGAAUAGUGAUGCGACUCUUGCGAGCGAGAAAGAUGACUCUAAUGAUCCAACGAAGGCAUGA